UUAGUUUGUUUUUGGGAACCCUAAUCCUAAUUAGGUUAGUAAUGGUACCGGAAUUACGAUGAGGUGGGUUCCAAUCCCAGGCUAUGAUAAUCUAAUAUUUCCGUUUCGGCCGUCAUCUAGGGCUCGAGUACUCCGUCUCCAACUCCAAGAAAGCUGCAGGUUGCCGUUUUAGCGUUUCCGAUGGACGACAUGGCUGCAUAUUACCCACCGCCAGGGGUUGUCAACUACCCUUACUAUCAGCAUCCGCCUCCUCCCCCGCAGCCGCAGCCACAGCCUGCGCCACCACCGCUACAGCCGUACAUUCCGCAGCAACAAACUCCCUUCCCCUCCUAUGCUUAUUCCCAUGCCCAAUACGCUCCUCAAGACCAGGUCAGGACCCUAUUCGUCGCAGGCCUACCUGAAGACGUUAAGCCGCGGGAAAUCUAUCAUCUCUUCCGCGAAUUUCCUGGUUACGAGUCCUCUCACCUUAGGACCCCUACCAAAAAGUCCCAGCCAUUUGCUUUUGCGGUAUUCUACGAUCAGCAGUCUGCAAUUGCAGCAAUGCAUGCGCUAAAUGGGAUGAUUUUUGAUUUGGAGAAGGGAUCAAACUUGCAUAUUGAUCUUGCGAAAUCUAAUUCUAGAUCCAAGCGCCAAAGGACAGAUGAUGAGUGGCAUAGCUCAUAUAAGAAGGCUAAAGGAUCUGCCGAUUCGGGUUUUGGCAGCGCUCACAUGCCUGGAAUGAGUAAUUCUGCUUACAAAACGAUUGGUUAUCCAUCUGCACAAAGCACCGGAAGCUUUAAUGGCAGAAAUGAAAAUGACUCGGCUGCUGCAAAAUAUAAUAACUUUGCAGCGCCGCCUUGUCCAACCCUUUUUGUGGCUAAUCUGGGGCCAGGUUGUUCCGAGCAAGAGCUAAUUCAAGUUUUUUCAAGAUGUUCUGGGUUUCUGAAAUUGAAAAUGCAGAGCACAUAUGGGGCUCCAGUUGCUUUUGUGGAUUUUCAGGAUACCAGCAGUUCGACUGGUGCACUGAAUCAUCUGCAAGGUACAAUUCUCUAUUCGUCACCACCUGGUGAGGGCAUGCGAUUGGAAUAUGCAAAAUCCCGGAUGGGCAUGCGCAGGAAACCAAAGUAAUUACUUAGGAGAGGUGAAAGGAGAUGCAGCAAUAUGCUCGUGGAAUUGUCAUCCUAGUGAACUUUAUGAACCAUUUGUAAUAUAAACAAACACGGCCGUCGAGUUAAUAUUCCAUUUUCUUUGGUAAACUACGAUUUCUGUUAAAAACCCUUAGCUUUACUUUGAUUAAGAAUAAAUAUUAUUGAGUCGCUUGCUGUGCGUUCCAGUUGAUA